AUGAACGGCCGCUGGGGGGCUGGCACUCCAGUUGCCACCCCAGUGCCGGCACCUCCUCUCCAGAGGCAACAGCUCUGCGACGAAUCACGCGCAGCUGCUGCGUGGCUAUGGGUUCAAUCAGAGCUCGCUGGGGCCUUUGAGCGGUUUUCAAAGGAUCUCCAGGCUAUCCACGGUAGAGGCCUCAAUGCGGCGGCAGCACUUGAAAAAGAUGCUACAUUUAUUUCCGGCAAUAAGGGGGCGGGCCGCGACCCUUCAGCAGCUGGAGGUGCGCGAGAUGCACUGAACAGUUUGCUGCUGCUGUGCUCGGAGGCGGGAGCGGAGGCCGAUCGCUUCUCUUCUGCUUUGAGAUCCGGCGUUCUGAAGCCUUUAGAGGAGGCCCUGCAGCCAUUAGCGCGCGCAUGGGAAGCUUCGGGCGGUUCAAAGGCGGCCACUCACCUCCAGACGGAAUUUGCAAACGCCGGCGAAGUGCAAAAAGCAGCGAGGAGGCUUCAACUUGCCGAAGAAGAACUGACAAAGGCAGAGGCGAGCCUGCAAGAGCUUCGUUCACUGUUUGGCUCUGCUGUUAACUCCUCUCUGGAGCAAAAGGCAAUUCAGCGGAUCUCGCGCGCCUCCCGACUGAAGGUGGCCGCUCAAGAAGCCCUUCAGCAGGCCCUCUCAGCCGAUGCAUCGAAGCUGCAGCAAGAUGCUUCCUCCUCCUCAGCCUCUCACCCUCUGGCUUCGGUGGAGCUGCGUGGCAGCGCGCGCCUGCUCAAGGCCGCAGACGGCAGCGCUUGGGCUGAGGCCGUUGGCGUGCGAGCAGAGGAUCAUCAACGCCGUAUUUCUGCUGCUGUGUUGCACUCUAUGAGGGCUGCAGGCAAAGCAGCUCUAACGGCGCAGCAGAGGAGCACUGGCUUUGUGCUGCACUACGUGCGGGACCUGCAGCUAUUUGCUGCAGCUGAGGUUGCAGCUGCGAGCGCCUCGGGCAGUCUCACCGCAGAGGCUGAGCAGGAUGUGAUAGCCGAGGGGGCUGCUGAGGAGUUAAUGUCUCGGCUGUACAGACAGGUCAACGGAAACGCGGACAACGCCGAACAACGCACAAACGAGGCGACUCUGAGGAAUUUGCUGCUGCAUCAAGAGAAGCAGUUGCAAGAGGCCUUGGCGGAGCGUGACGAGCUGCGUCAGCAGACCGAACGGCAGCAGAAGGAAGUAGAAAACCAACAGAGGGAAAUCGAGUCACUGAAGCAACAACUUAAAGGCGGAGCUCCGGCGGCCUUGAUGUCACCGCGCAACCAAAGGCAGAAGGUGCGGAAGCAGGUGACAAUACACCUGGGGGACUCUGACGACGAGAAUACGUGGGUCCCCCCCUCUCAACAGAAUCUGUACCAGGGGGGGGGCCGAGGGGAGCUGCAAGGGAGGGCUGACGGGGGCCUAAGGACCCCCGAGACGGCCAUGCAGCUCUCCGCAAUCAACGCAGGCAGCGCCGGGGGGCCCCGGUUGGGAGCCCCUGAUGCCAGCCCUCCCUCUGCAUCACAUACAGGCAGCAAGCAGCCUAUAGAAAUGGUUUGGGUAGAUGUACAGCUGCGGUACGAGGAGUUCUUGUUGUCGCUUCGUUCGCUUCCCCUUCUGAACAACAUGUCCAGUAGAGCGAAUGAACAGGACCUGCAACGCCCGCAGCAGAGGCCGCCUCAACAGGCCUCAAGCAACGGAGAGGCCUCUAAGUCUUCUCCGUCUUCUCGGCUUCCUCUGGGGUUGGCCCUCAGCAAGGAGGCGCGGCGAGACUGCAUGCACUGGACAGACCCAACGUUUGCCUCCUCCGUCGCAGCAGCGGUGGAGGCAACAGCAGACGCCACUAUGCCGCCCUUCCUCGUCCAGUGCUGCCGCCUUGCUGCAGCUGCUGCAGUUGCUGCUGCUCCCGUCAGCCCAUCACAGCCAGGGCUGCGCUCCAUCGGCGCCAGUCGCAUGUCGGUGCAGCAGCUUCAAGGCCAAAUCCUGUCGAGCAGGCGGCAGCAGCAGCAGCAGCAGGAGCAAACAGGUGGAGGUGCAGCAUCUGGGCCCCUGGAGUGGAAGGAGUCCGACCUGCAGGUUCUGGCUUACGAGCUAUUGCUGCUCGUAGCCUAUCACUACUCGCAGUACUCAGCUGCUGCAGCGCUUCUAGCGGAAGAGGAGGAGAGGCUCGUCCCCUCGAACGCCGGCCAAGGCCCUUCUCCUGAGGAACAAACGCAAACCGCAGCAGCAGCAUCGGCAGCUUCACGGGUCAGACGGCCCCGCAAGUCGCUGGCACGGGCCAUGUCCAUCAAACUAGGCGCAGCCAUCUCCAGCGACCCGGAAGAGCACCAGCAGCAGCAACAGCAGCAGCAACAUCAGCGGCAGCAGCAGCAGAUGCUUGAGGGUUCUGCGGAGCCGAGUGCACUGCUGCACACAGCGUCGUUGCACGUCCCUGGCCAAGGCGGCACAGCGGCAGCAGGCCAGCCCCAGCCCGCUUCUCUUCAGCUGCGGCGGCCACGAAAGUCUUUGGCUCGGGCCAUGUCUCUGAAGUUCGCCCCUCACCACAAAGACAUUCCAGACCCCCUCCAACAGCAGCAGGAGCAACAGGAGCGGCAGGAGCAACAGGAACAGCAGGCAAGCGGUCCUGGUGGUGGCGUUCGCGUAUCUGGUCGUGUGCGGGCUCGAGAAGAUUUGCUUGGCGUCUGUCACCCUUUCUCUAUGCCUCUUGAGGAGUGGCAGCAGCAGCUUGAAGAGCUGGGUCUGCCUCACCCUUCUAUUUCUUCGCUUAAUCUCUCGCUGCCGCGACAGCGUCUGCGUGCUACGGCUAACUGGCUGAGUCCGGCGCCGCUGCUGCAGCAAUCGAACGAAGAAGUGCUGCUGCAGCUGCUGCAGCUGGCGCGGGUUUCCUUCGAGUUACCCAGCUCCAGCAGCAACAAGUUGCUGAGUCUGCUCGCCCCCGUGCCCGACAGCGGCUUGGGCCCUGCUUGCAGCUGCUGCCUCCACCCCUGCGACCUCCGCUACCGCGUCUUCCGUCUUAUGGAGGCCUGGCGCACCGCCCAGAGCCCCCAGGCAACACCCGCCAGGGCGUUCCCUCGUAAACCGCAGCAGCAACAGCAACAACGGCAGCAGCAUCGCGCCCGCUUCCUCCACGGUGCCGCUGCAGCAGCAAUUGGCAAGCUUGACCCGUCCUACGGGGUGCGGGGGGCCCUGCGCAGACGCGCGGGAGACGCAGCUUCUGGUGCUGCUUCUCCAGCUGCUACCUCAUCCUCCUUCCUGGCGGCAGCGGGAGAAAGGGGGGGAGGGACUGAGGGCAGGCGCAGCUCCUUCAGAGUAGCAAAUGAACACCACCGCAACUCCACCCUCUCGGGGGGCCCCAACACCCAGCAGCGGCGGCAACUCGCAGGAGAUCUGGGGCCCCCCGUCCUUCUGCAGCUACCUCAGACGAAACGGCGGUCUAAGCGGUCCUCGGUCUCAGCAGCAGCUGCAGCAGUAGCAGCAGCUGCUGCUGCAGCACAGUACCCAGAUGCGGCAGGCGGGAUAGACAUGCAGGUUCAACAGGAUCCAGUCUUCCGCUCCUUCGUAGACCGCCAGCUGCAGCUGCUGCAUGCAGCCGCCCUGUCUCGCUGCGCCCGCCUCCUGAAGUUUUUGCUGCCCCAGGGAGCAGGAACUGCAGCAGCACCAACAGAAGGAGCAGCAGCAGAAGCAGCAACAGCAGCAGGAGAAGAAGCCAAGCGCUUCGCUGAUCUUGCUGCUGAGAGACCUCCGUCGUCUUCCUCGUGGCGGCCCGUAUCGCUGCAGCAGCUGUACGCUCGUGAGAAGAGCCGCAGCGAUGAGGAGGCCCUUUUGUAUUUCCUUAGGUCGCUGCUGCUGUGUCAGGGGGAGACGACUCCCACCCCACAAGUGUCUCCUCAAGCCCCCGCCUUCUUGCUAUACUCGAAGGAGGAGACAGCAGCAGCGAUUGCUGCAGCAGCGCAGUUGCAGUUGCUGCCUCUGCGUUUGCUUUGUUGCUUCUACCACAUCUUCGCCUACAUAUUUGCAUUGCAGCAGCUGCAGCGGCAGCAGCUGUGGGGCGACGCGGAGGCCUCUGUGAGGAUCGAGGAGGUCUCUAUACGCGUCACAGACAGCGCAUGCGCUGCUGCAGGCACGGGGGAGACGGAGGCCCCUCUUACGUGGGAGGUCCGCACAGAGCAGCGAGAGAGGGGAGGCAUGCAGCUGCUGCAGCUGCUGCAGCACAACAUGUCGCAGGCAGCAGCUCUUGAUUCUGCUCUCCGAUGCACUCUUGCUGACAGAGGGAACAACAACCCCACCUUGCAGCAGCUCACCAAACCUCCUGCUGCUUCUCCCCCUCCCACCCAGACACUCUCCCUGACCCCACCUCAGCGCAUGCGGCGACAGCAGAGUCUGAAGCCCCCACGCAGUCUCCUAGAACUCCCGGAAGUGCGCAGCGACUGCGGGGAAACAGCAGAAGAAUCAGACGGCAGUCUUGUGUGGGGCUCGGACCUGGAAGGGAUUAAAGGGACUGGGUACGGAGGGGGGGCCCCUCCCCAUGGCCAGGGAGAAGGGGGCCCCCCUCACUUUACUCAGGCUGGGGGCGCCCUUCGGUCGGCCUUCCGUCGCCCCACACUGAAGGCGCUGAGGAGGCGGACACUGCGCACCAUUGAGGCAGACUCUGCUGCUGCUCGUGCUGCUGCUGCUGCUGCUAGUUGCAUGCUGGACGGGUCUGAGCAGCAGCAGCUCUUGUGCUUGCCUAGGGAGUUUCACUUGAGCGCCUACUGGUGCUUGGAUAUUCCUUUGCUGCUAUCGCUGCUGCUGCUACUGGCUCGCUGCUGUGUUGACUCAUCCGCUACCAACGGCCUGCAGCUCGGCGCCCCUUCGCUGGUGCAGGGGCUGCUGCUGGUCGCCCACGCCGCCCAAGUGGGAACCGAUCCCACGUGCCCAGCACCAGAGGACAAAGCAAGCAGCAGCAGCAGCAGCACUGCUUCAGUGCUGCUGCAGGCAUGCAGAGCCGGGAGCGGUUUCCCUGGUAUUUCUCUCGACUCUGUUUCUCUUCUUGUUGCUGCGUGCGUUUGGGCCACCGGCGUUACGGCCUCCCCCAACCCACGCCAGCAACAGCAGCAGCAACAACAGCAGCAGCAACAGCAGCAGCUGACUCCUCGACCGUCGGGCGUGGGUGAUAUGACAGACUUGGGGCCCCAGACGGACGGGUCUGUUCAGUCUUCUGUCUCUGCGGCUGGCAACACACCCGCCUCCGUCCCUACAAGGCAGCAGCAGCAACAGCAGCAGCAACAGCAGCAGUUGAUCCAGGAGCUUACAACCUCUGUUUGUGCUAGCAUUGUCGAGCCCGCGCGUGUUGAGGUUGUCUCUUCUGCUUUGGAGUUGCUGCGGGACUUCAGCGGAUUUCUGAAGCGGCCGUCAGCUCAGGGGGAAGAAGGAAAUGCAGAUAAGCUCGAGUGGGCCCUGGGCACCAACAAAAAGACAACAGUACAAGAGCGGCAAGGAGAGGCUGCUGCUGGUUCUGCUGCUGCUGCACCUCCUGCUGUUGCUGCUACUGCGCGUGCAGAGGGUUCGGGCCCUGCUGCUUCGGCGGGUGGGGUUGGUGUUGACCCGCUGUCUCCUCGACUCCCUCCUCGGGUGGCCCCAGCAGCUGCGGGCUUCGUUGGGGUUUUGCUGGCUAAGCAGGAGGCAGCAGGCGAAGGAGUAAAUGCAGCUGCAAAGGAGGGUAUGAAGACAGGCAGCGGGUUGGAGCUGCUGGAGUUGCUGCCGCGCGUGCGGGGGGAACGGCUGUUGCUGCGGCUCCGUGGGUCGCUGCAGCAGCAGCUGCAGCAGCAAGAGGAGCAGCAGGAACAGCAAGGUGGAGGAGAGGGAGGUUGGAAGGCCGAGACAAGGCCCACCUUCUCCAGCGUGUUGAUGAAAAGGGAGUGGAUGGGGGCGGACUGGUGGGUCAGUCAAUGCGAAGGAGACGGAGACAGGAGACAGAGAGCACUGCGACGGAGCCGAUGGGCAUCGUGCUGCUACGGGUUGUCUGCUUUGCUGCCGUCUCGCGUUGAGUUGCAGCAGCAGGAGAUUGCUGCGCUGCAGCUGUUGGGUUCCGGUUUUUUGCUGCAGCUGCAGCAGCAGCUUCAAGACUAUAGACGCCACUUCGAGCCCCAGACCCUCGCCCUCGCCCUCUCCCUAUGGAUAGGCCUCGUCCAGCGGCUGCUGCUGCUGCCUCCAAUCAACCAGCAGCAGCAGCAGCAGCAGGGGCAGCAGCAGCAGCAGUGGCAGCGCAAGAAAGGGGGGCUUAGCGAGUACUUGUAUGAGGGGUAUCCUCGUGCUGUUGGUGUGGACGAUGCUGCCUGGGAUGAGUGGAGAUCUAACACGCGGGCGGCGCUGCAGAUGAGUGUAGAUUACUCUUAUAGAUGGAUGAGAGAAAAGAGGGAAGAAGAAGAAGAAGAGGCGGGAGGAAGGGCUGGAAGAGAGGAGACAGAGGAGACAGACAGCCAAGGAGACAGCUACUGGGUGUGGGGCCUCCCGAAGCUGCUGCGGGGCCCCUUGCCUCUGCAUGAUAUGCUGAGGCAUCCACAGCCUCUACAACCACGUGCAGUCUGA